AUGGAGGUGGAUACGAGUGAAAGUGUGCGUAUUGAUCGGAAAAAGAAGAAGCUAGAUAAACAAAAGUAUAGUAAAUGUGAUAAAUUUGAUAUAAAUAAAUCGAUAAGUUACAGAGGGCGGUCUAGGUUGAUGAACGAUUACAAUCAACACUUCUUAGACACAGGAUUGAGGCCUCAAAAUUUCAUUCGCGAUUCCGACUUUUCCAAAAGAUUUGAAGAAUAUCCAAAAUUAGAUAGAUUAAUGAAAUUGAAAUCUGAGAUUAUACAAGCAAGGGCAACUCCGCCGAUGUAUAUAAAGGCCAACUUGCGUACAUUCAAUUGGGAUAGUUUGGGUGUUAGAUUUGAUGUUAUAUUGAUAAAUCCGCCAUGGCAUAACAGUCAUAGUUUACCAACGGAUAAAUUCUGUUGGACAGUGGCAGAACUUAAGAAGAUUCCCAUCGAUCGUAUAGCAGAUAGUCCUUCAUUCUGUUUUAUUUGGUGCGGUGCAGAUCAUUUGGAAGAUGCUAGAGAAACACUUUCUCAUUGGAAAUUUAGAAGAUGUGAAGACAUUUGUUGGCUCAAAACAAAUAUCCACUGGAAAAACAGUUUCCAUGACAACAGCAACUUUUCCCGUUGCAUAAACAAUGAUACACUCCUAAAACGUACAACUGAGCACUGUUUGGUAGGUGUAAAUGGAAUUGUAAAAAGAGAUGUAGAUUUCCAUUUUAUCCACUCAAAUUUGGAUACCGACGUGUUAAUUGCAGAGGAAACAGAUCCUUUAGAGCUUUUGUUGAGAGAAUACGAAAUGGAUGAUUUGAGGAAACAACUAAACGAUACUAAUAUGGAGCAAAUUCAUGAGGAAAUCAAUCGGUUAAGAAUGAAGGAAUAUGAGAAACCAAAAGAAUUGUAUGAUAUCAUCGAUAGGUUUUGUAUGGGUAGACGAAAGUUGGAAUUAUUUGGCAUAGAAACUUCAAUUAGACCUGGGUGGCUUACAAUUGGUCCUUAUCUAAGUAGUUCAAAUUUUGAUCCAAUUAACUACCGCCUUUGGACAGAAGGGGAUGCUUGCUGGCCCGAAAAACGUGACUACCGCGGUGGUAGAUUCAUGGGUACUACAGAUGAAAUUGAGAAUCUUAGACCAAAAUCGCCCCCCAGGGCAGGAGGUGCUUCAAAUGUUAGAUAUGAAGAGUAUUCUGACUAA